AACUUCCCUAGUUUCCCCCCUCCGCUCCGUUUCGCUCUAUGGACAGAUCAGCAAACCUGGACACGGAGGAGCUCAAGAUGACACGAGAGCAGUACAUAUUAGCAACGCAACAAAACAGCCUUCCAAGGACUGAACAUCCUCAGUUUUACCCAGUAGGGAUUUAUGGAUGGCGAAAGAGGUGCUUAUACUUCUUUGUCCUUCUGCUGUUGGUUACCAUGAUUGUUAACUUAGCAAUGACAAUAUGGAUUUUGAAGGUUAUGAAUUUCACAGUGGAUGGAAUGGGAAAUUUGAGAGUCACUAAAAAAGGAAUACGACUUGAAGGAAUAUCUGAAUUUCUACUUCCACUAUACGUGAAAGAAAUCCAUUCCCGAAAGGAUAGCCCACUGGUCUUACAGUCUGACAGAAAUGUAACAGUGAAUGCAAGAAAUCACAUGGGACAGUUAACUGGACAACUGACAGUAGGAGCUGAUGCUGUGGAAGCCCAGUGUAAAAGAUUUGAAGUCAGGGCAAGUGAAGGUGGAAAAGUAUUGUUUUCUGCAGAUGAAGAUGAGAUUGUCAUUGGAGCUGACAGACUGAAAGUAACAGGCACGGAAGGGGCAGUGUUUGGGCACUCUGUGGAGACACCCCAUAUCAGAGCAGAACCUUCCCAAGACCUCAAGCUUGAAUCUCCUACUAGAUCUUUGGUGAUGGAAGCACCCAGGGGAGUACAAGUCAAUGCAGCUGCAGGAGACUUAAAGGCUACCUGUAGGAAAGAACUGCACUUACAGUCCACAGAAGGGGAGAUAUUUUUAGACGCAGAUACAAUCCGUCUGGGAAAUCUACCAGUGGGUUCCUUUUCCUCCUCCUCCUCCUCUUCCUCUUCCUCCUCCUCCUCUCCCAGCUCUUCAGCUCCUCGCCAGACUAUCUAUGAGCUCUGCGCCUGUCCCAACGUUCUGCUCGGUUUCCCUUGUGACAAGUCCGACGCUUCAAACGGCCUGCAGAGCAACUUCUUCCAGUGUAAGCAGGAAUACAGCGCUGCCUUCUCUCGUGGUUUGCGUGGCCACUCAACGUAGAGAUGGGAGUCAGAUAUUCAGAAAUCAAUGUAUUCUUCAUCAGGAAACCUGGAACAUAAUAUCACCUUUUGUCCAAAAGGGAGAAUAACACAGGUGCCUUUGCUACAUGAAGUGAAGCACAUAGUUUUAGAUUUUUGCAGGACCUGGAUAUGAACUGCACAUAUAUAUAUAUACAGUACAUAAACAAAUUUGCCCAGAAUCUGACGGUGAGAUGAAUUGGUUCCCCCUGUAUGAUAAAUAACUUUACUGUCUGAAAGCACAAUUUUCCAUUCAUCUUUUUUCGAUGUAAACUUUUAUCCCUGAAUUUUAAAAUUUUGAAGCAUUGUGUGAUGCUUGCUUUACUAAACAAUUAAAUUCAGUAAAUGGUUUUUAACACAAAAAGAGACAGAAUCCCUCCCUGAGUUUGGUUUCUUUCAAAGUGUGUUGUUACUCUUUGUCUACUAAGUCUAGAGUUUUGUACACUAGGUAAAUUUUGGAAGUGCUCAGCAAUAUUACCUUUCAGAGUUAAAAAGACAUCUGCUCUUGUUUGUCAGAUACGAACGGCCUUACAUAGUAUUUUUGUGGCUACUGCAUGUGAAGCGAUUGCUUUAAGUAGAACAUACAGUUUCUGGAAAAGAACAGGGUAAAGAGGGGAAUACUGAUGAUAUGUUUGUCGAUCAGUGUAUUGCUCUUCACGAGGUAUUUAUAAUUGGCAAAUGCAAGGGAAAAAUCUUCUAAAGAGCAUCCUGUCCAUUUUCCAGCUAUGUCUGACUGCUGCCAUUUGAACACAGUACAAACUCCAGUACUAAUGUAAUGUGUGAUGCUGAAAAGCACUGCACUAACAACCAGUAUGACAUUCACAUUUAUUAUCCUCUUUUGUUUACCCUCUGCUGAUAAGCUUUUCAAAGUAAUAGUAAUAUAUCUAAAAACACAUAGAAAAUGACAUUCAAUAUUAGAAAGUCCAUUGAUAUUACAUUGACUGUAUCAGGCCUGUGUUUAAAUUAUGCAGCCCCAUUUGCACUCAAAUCUCACUACUGACUUCCCAUUUUGACAAGUUUGAUGUGGGAUUUCUUUCUUGUGUCAAUGCUCAUACUUGUUUGACUUGGCUGGUAAUUGAAAUCUUAUAAAAAAUGCUUUGGUAUGCUGCUGGUACAUUUAUCGCAACAUCGAUUAACAAGACUAUCUUGAAACUUGCAGAACCCAGGAAUGUAAAACAGUAUAAAAAUGUUCCCUAUUGUGGAAGAUGGCUUGAUUAUAUGAGGUAAGUGUGCUUUUUAAUUCUAUCCUUUAAAUUACCUCAUCUAGCACAUAGCUUUAGAGGCUUCUGAAUGUAAGGUCACCAAUGCAAUCGUGGCUUUUGCAAGGUAACUCUAAAGUCAGGGCAGGUGGGUAUUUCUACGCAAUAUUUUUUAUUCUUAGAGGAAAAAAAAAGAAAAUGAGCAAACUAAUACUGUGAUUACCUUUCUAUUUUAUUUCCACCUAAUAAGGUUGAUUUUGUUUUCGCUUCAGGUGAAAUUCACUCCUGUGCAGAAGACCAGCACAAGACGUGUCCACGGCUUGACUGGUGCUUGCCGUUCCAUUGGCCCUCUUCAGAGGUGUGAAUUUCACCCCAUAGCAAGAAUUCUAUAUUUGCUGUUUCUACCAGUUAAAUAAAGAUUUUACAUUCAUUAUUUUAUGACUUUAGAAGAAAGCUGUUAACACCUGUAUUUUUAUUUCUUUGAGAAUUUUAUUCUUUUACUUGGAAAGAAAAUAUAUUAGAAAAUAUUGCAAGAAGAUAUAUUAGCAGUCUGAGGAUUUUUAGUAAGAGAGACAGAAAGAGAUACAAAUGACAAAGGUGAUAAUAAAACAAUAGAAAGUGUAGCCAUACACUAUACCAUUAAAACUGUAUGGAAAUAGAAGUCUUUUUUUUAUGCACACAAGUAAUAAAAUGGUAGUGUGAGAGUCAUGUGGAUAAAUAAUAUUUUGGGAGGAAAAGUAUACAGAUCUGUAUGAGGACACAUCUACAUGUAUUCAUUGUCUGUGCACACCUACAUACACUGAUUGCUUAAAAGAUGGACAAACAGAUUAUAGUGACUAAUCUAUUUGGUGAAUUAAAUUGUGACUUCUUACAAGUCACACACAAGUAGCCUAAGAUUUUUUUUUUUUUCCUCGAAUAAACCCAUAGGAUGGCUUGCAGAUACAUUGUCAGGAAUUUUCUGUUGAGUUUGUUUGUUUGUUUGUUUGUUUGCUCUUCACCUUAUGUGAUUAUGUAUCUGUAAUACGUACAAAAAGGGUUUCUGCCCACUGGAUGGAAAGACCCAACCUUUUUAAAUUUUACACAAACUUGGGUGGAAAUGAGUGAGUAGGAAAAAAAAAAGUCUUUUGUUACUAGAUUAAUUUUAAGAGCAAGGUUGGAAUAAUUUACUACAUUGUAUGAAGAAGACUCAUGACAGAGGUGUGGAUGGCACGUUGGACUCAACAAAUCCCCAUCACUCUCUACUGUCAGGAUUUUCUUGCUUGGAGUCCCUUCAGCCUGAAGUUGAGGGUAUUUGAGAGCUUCACUAACCUAUGAAAUAGCAUAACCAGUUCCCAUAAUGUCUUAAUAUUCUAGUGAGCUUCAAAAUAUUGAUGUUUUACCUUAACUCCAUUGAAAACUGUAAGAAGGAGAAAAUCUCAGUUUUCAUGUUAAAGAAUAUUUCUAGCCCACCUGAUUCCAGAGAGUAUUGGAGAAGUGACUUCAACACAUUUAGAGAACCAAAACAUUAAAACACCAAUAAUCUGUAGGCACUGCCAUCAUUCCUGAGUCGAAGGAGAAACAGAUCCAGUGGUUUAGAAUGUUUGAAGCUGGCAAUAGUGAAAACCUGAAUAGUAGAGCUUUUCUGCUUAUAGUGCGCCCCCAAAAUAUCAGAAAAAUGGCAUAAUCCCACAAUGUCAUUUCAGAUAGAAGGAAACUAGAAGAUCUCAGCUCAAAUACCAUAUUAAAAGAUGGAGCCAUAGCUGUGCUAUUUCACUGCUGGUUUUAUAAUGCUGAGAUCGUUGUGUGCAAAUCCAUAGGAGACUUUCAGAUACUUUUUGUCACCUUCCUCAUAGAUUUCUGACCCCGCCUCCAAGUUAUUUCAGUCCUUGUUGGCCAUUUAUAAUAUCUAACAUGCAAAUUAUGGUAAAGCCCCUGCUAAUGUUUCUCUAGGUAACAUCUGAUUGAAUAUUUUGAUUGUGUAUUUUAGAAAAGAGAUGUCAUUUAUUCUGGUUAAGGCAGGAGUUUCCCAUUAACAGCUCACUCUGUUGUGACAAUUGUAGGGAAACACUGAAGACCUUAGGAUAUUUUUAAGCAUUAAUAUUAGUGAAAAAAAAAAUAAAAAUCAGUGGCUAAAAUAUUCCUCUGAAGUUUUUUAUAGUAUAUGAAUACAUGUAUCAAAUAAAGCUUCUUUUUGUACUAGAAUGUUUGUAUGGGAACCACUAAGAUGGUAUUGCAGCUAUUUGACUUCUUCAGGGCUACCCUUAUGAGAACAUGAAAUAUAUGAAGAGACCUUAUUAGCUACAUGUAUUUAAUCUAUACGAUAUCUUCUGUAAAAUUAUCUGUGUCAUGGUAUUAUAGGAUACUGUCUCUUUCUUGUUUAAAAAAAAAAAAAAAGGAAAAUAAAAGCAUCAGCCAACCCCUCUGAGCACUGUUAGCUGUAUGGUUUUGUAUUGCAGUUCAUUCAUUGGUUAAGUGAUAAGACCAAAGACUGACACUUCUAUUAUAUCUAACACUAUGACAUUGCUGCUUCUACUAAUUCUGUUGGAAUGAAGAGAUGACAAGUUGUAAUUACAACAUGAAACUGUAACAUAGUUUAGAUUUGUGCAGCAUUUUGAGCUGUAGAUUGUUCACUUUUUUCCAGGUUUUUUUGUCCAUGUGGUGCAGUUACUUUACUGUUCGUGCAUACAAAGAUCUUUUGCUGUUCCUAAGGAAAUGAAAGUGUGUAUUCCAAAAUGUGCUGAGACAUUGCUUGUUUCAACUGAAGUUAUACUGUUUUGCUUGCAAAACAGUGGCUUGACUGGAUAACGGAAUCCACUUUAAAUCAUUUCAGAUGCAGAGGGCUUUUAAGUCUGGGUUGAAGAUACAGCCAUAAAUGUCUAGAAGGAUUUAAUGAAGGAUGUUAAAGAUACUCAGUUGCUAACACCAUGUAUUAUUUUUUAUGUUUUUUACAGAUUCUAAAUCAUUUUUUUAAAUAAAAAAAAUAUAAAUUAAAAACCCCUAAACCUUAGGCUAUGGAAUUGUUAUCAGCUGAUUCACUGUAAUGCAUAUGUAAGUUGGAUCGAAGUUUGAGUGUCAUAUUGUUUCAAUCAGUACUCAGUAAAGGUCUGCCAAUCAU